CAACAGUAGGAAGUGGGUCGCUGCGUCAGUGAAAUCCAGUCAGGAGUAUUUGAAUUCAGCAAAUGCGUAACAAAAUGUAAUUAUUAAUGUGUUGUAAAUCAGAACGUUGCAUAAUUUGAGGACUUCGGUGCAGCUGGACAAAUGAGUGUGCGUGCUCUGUGGAUUAUCUCUCACGAGAAGGGAGAAAAUGUGUCGAUACGCUUUUCAAGGAGGUUCUCCACAGUGGAGCACCGUGCAAAGCGCCUGGCAGGUUCCUCAUAUGUAGCAGUCCCAGAGGAAAGCACUGUGUUGCAGCUCCUGCUCACUGAGCUGGGCCUGUCAGACCCAGACAAGUCUUAUGUGGCUCUCAGAGAUGAUUGCCUUUAUCGCCAGCGGUCACCAGCCCUGGAGCUGCGUGUGGACGGUCCUGGAAAGGGAACACUUUGGCCAGUGUUGGCCAUCUCACAAGGGCCUCUUAUCCUGGCUUGCCUGUGUUUAGUGGAUGUCCCUCCUGAGCCACGGCCACCCCUGGCCAACCUGUUGUCUGUCUCACAGGGCCUCACGCUCCUGGAAGGCCUGCAAAAUUUUCUCCUCGGCUCGGGGAGUAAGCCUGAUAGCGAGGGGCUGGCCUCUCGCCUGACGAUGCUCCCCUCUGUGCUCCUGCAGAUUUGUCCACUUGGUACACCCCUGGAUGUGCCAACGCUAGGAGCACCUGCUACACCCACAGUGCCCACACCUGCUGGGAACCAGAAGCAGCCGGCCUGGAAGACAGGGCUCCACCGCGGUCGAGCUGUUGUGAAUGUAGCACUGAAAGAAACAGUAAGGUCCAUGCAGUACGGUAACCGGAGCAGACAGGACCUCUGGGAUGUUUACGGCACAGUGACGUGCAAAGUAAGUUUGGAGGGGGUGCUCCCAAAUGUGACAGUGACUCUCACAUUGCCACCAAAUGGUUCUCCACUACAGGACAUCCUGGUCCAUCCCUGCGUCACCUCACUGGAUUCUAGUAUCCUGACGGCCAGCAGUGUAGAUAACUGUGAUGGCUCAGCUUUCUCUGGGCCGUAUAAGUUCCCUUUCUCCCCUCCUCUGGAGCCUUUCAGACUGUGCAGCUACACGUCUCAGGUUCCUGUUCCCCCUAUCCUUGGAUCCUAUCAGCUGAAGGAAGAAGAAAACCAUCUGCGUGUGUCAGUAACCCUCAAACUUCACGAGAGUGUUAAGAAUAGCUUUGAAUACUGUGAAGCACACCUGCCCUUCUUUAACAGGGAUCAGAUGGGUGUUGUUGAUGUGAAGGUGAGCUCCGGACAGCUGGAUGUUUCAAAGGAGAAGAACCUGCUGGUCUGGACCCUGGGACAAAAGUUCCCUAAAUGUCGUGAGGUCACCAUGGAGGGCAGGAUCACCUUCUCCGGGCCAACACCAGGACCUUCUGACCCCCUCUGCACAGAUCUUACAGCGUACAUCAAAUUGUAUUUCAAAGUGCCUGACAUGACGCUGUCUGGAUGCUGUGUGGACCAGCAUUCAGUGCAGGUUUAUUCCUCUGCCAAACCACGGAUUGUAACAUCCCGAGAGCUUCAAUCCAAAGAGUACCUCAUAUGGAAUUCAACAGGUACCGCUCCGGUGUCCUCUGGGCAGAUGAUGCUGUAGCAUGGAUCCAUAAGGACUGGCUGGGUGGAAAGAUCCUGAUGGCUGCUCCAGGGUGACCGGCAGACCAGGGAGGGUCCAUUGUGGUUUGAGCUGUCCCCCCUCUUCUUGUGGACUACUCCAUGGGGCCACUUUACGCAACCUGGGUCUGGAGCCUGUGGAGCCCAUUGUCCUGCUCUCUGUCCCAAAGGCUGACACGCUGAAAUACUAACUUUUCCUCCAGUACAAGUGAGAUAUGUAAAGUCUUGUAGUUAGUGUAUCUUUCUUUAAUUCUUAAACGAUCUCACCUUUC